UUUCUCUCUUUCCCUUUUUCUUUCCACGCUGAGCGUCGAGGUAAAGAUGUCAGGCCGGAAUCCUUUCUCUUCUCCAAAGUUUGAAGAUGAUUUGACCUUAAGUGGUUUCAGGCCGCAGCAGAGAAAAACCUAUCAGAAACCAACACACAUGGCCCAAACAGAUGAACCCUGGAGCCACCUCCAUGAUAAAGCCACGUUUGCCAGCACCCAACGGAGUGUCAUGCUCCAAGGGUAUCAGGCUCCAAAAGACAGCCUUGAUUUCCAGCUGAAGUCGGUCUACGAUCACAACAAGGACUUUUUCCCAAAUAAGAACCAGAUUUUGUACCAGAAGGCAACCGCUUCUGAGGAGAAUAGGAAACCGGAAAACAUAAGCUGUCAGGACAAGCCGCAUAUGGAAGACGAGGACAUGAGAGUGUGGGUCGACCCACAGAGGCGCUCCAUUUACAGCAUCAAGUGAAGAAGUGAUAAUUCACAAACGUAUCAUCAGAAUAAAUAGCGUCUUAUUAUCAACUGCCAUGCAUAAA